AUGGCUGCGGCAGCAAAGAUGGUGAAGGACGAGCUUCUCAACUACAGCGAUGAAGAAGAAGAAAACUUCUCAGACGAUGGAGAUUGGGGAGACUGGAAAGCAGAUGAGGAUGGUGUAGGAGGAGGAGGAGAGGGGGGAGAUGACGACGGCUCCGAAUCUGAUUUCGUGUGUUUGUUUUGUGAUUCUCACCACGUUUCCUGUGAUUCACUCUUCGACCACUGUCGUCUGAGCCACGGAUUUGAUUUUCAUGGAACUAGAAAGGAAUUGAAAUUGGAUUUCUACGCUUCGUUUAAGCUCAUCAACUAUAUUCGGUCACAGGUGGCUGAGAACAAAAGCUGGAGUUGGGCUGAAUCGAAUCAAGCUUUGAAAGAUGUGAAGCUUCCUUGGGAUGAAGAGAAAUACCUGAAGCCCUAUUGGCAGGAGGAUUCACUUUUGUACAGCUUUGCAGAUGAUGAGGAAGACGAAGACGAGCCAGUUGACAGAGAGGAAGUGAUGGAGGAAUUGAAGAAACUUGGGGAUUUAAGCAUUGAUGAUGAGGCUUUAGGGGAAAGCUCACUGUCAAGCAAUGGAAAAUGCAAUUUGAAUGGAAGUAAAGAUGUUACUCUGGUCUCCAACGGCAAUGGCUUGAAGCAAAGUUCUGGGGAUGAUUUGAGAGUCAAUGGGAAAGGUAAAGAAACAGAUGUUGGUGUGGAAAGGGUUUGUGAUGGGAAGCUGGUUGGUAGGAAUAUCAGAAAAGUGAAUGAAAACUAUUUUGGAUCUUAUAGUUCAUUCGGUAUUCACAAGGAGAUGAUAAGUGAUAAGGUUAGAACUGAAGCGUACCGGGAUGCACUUUUGAAGAAUCCUACUCUCUUGAGUGGCUCUGUUGUAAUGGAUGUUGGUUGUGGAACUGGGAUACUGAGUCUCUUUGCUGCUCAAGCUGGGGCUUCAAGGGUAAUUGCAGUUGAAGCUAGCGAGAAGAUGGCCAAAGUUGCAACUAAGAUUGCCAAGGAUAACAGAGUUUUUCAUGAUAACGAGCACAAUGGGGUACUUGAAGUUGCACACUCAAUGGUUGAAGAGCUAGAAAAAUCCAUAAAGAUUCAACCUCAUAGUGUUGAUGUGCUAGUCAGCGAAUGGAUGGGAUACUGCCUUCUAUAUGAGUCAAUGCUCAGCUCUGUGCUCUAUGCAAGAGACCGGUGGUUGAAGCCUGGAGGUGCAAUCCUCCCCGACACAGCCACUAUGUUUGUUGCUGGGUUUGGCAAAGGCGCCACAAGUCUUCUUUUCUGGGAGGAUGUCUAUGGAUUUGACAUGUCCUCAAUUGGCAAGGAAAUUUUUGAAGAUACUGCUCGAAUUCCCGUUGUUGAUGUCGUAGAGGAGCGUGAUUUAGUGACACAGCCUGCCCUUCUCCAGGCAUUUGACCUGGCUACCAUGAAACCGGAUGAGGUAGAUUUCACAGCAACAGCAACGCUGGAGCCCAACGAGUCAGAAGCCAAAAUGAGUUUGUGCCACGGUGUUGUGUUGUGGUUUGACGCAGGUUUCACCAAUAGGUUCUGCAAGGAAAAUCCAACCGUACUAUCCACAUCACCCUACACUCCGCCAACGCACUGGUCCCAGACGGUCUUGACGUUCAAAGAACCAAUCUCAGUGGCGCCAGCCACGCUUCUGUCUGGUGGUGAUGACAGAAGAGGAGCCAUUGGAACUGUAGAAUGUCCUGCCGCAAGGAUUCAUCUGCGUGUGAGUGUUGCAAGAGCGUCUGAGCAUCGCAGCAUUGAUAUCUCGCUAGAGGCUACAGGGGUGAGCUCCAAGGGUCAGAAGCGUUGUUGGCCGGUUCAAAUAUUUAACCUAUGA